GGACACACAAAGAUUUGAGUCUGUCUUCAAAAUGACGAGAAAAACCUUUAGCUACAUCUGCAGCUUGGUUUAUGUGCCGUCACUAAAAGAUAUGAACAGCUACACCUUUGAUGAUGGGAGGUUACUGGCUUUAGAAGACCGCGUAGCCAUUGCUCUGAAAAGGUUGCACUCUAGUGAGCCAACAGAGACCAUAGGAUCCUCUGUUGGCAUGAAGGAGUCAACAGUCUUGUUGGUAACUGAGAGCUUCGCUGUUGCUGUGUGGCAGCGAGCAAGGCGCAACUUGCGCUGGACAGAGUCCAGUGAAAUGGAUAAGUUCAAGUCGAUGUUUGACAAGAUCCACAAUAUGCAUAAUUGCUGCGGUGUUAUAUGUACAACUCACAUCCCAUUUGGACCAAACUGGGACCGCGAGAAGAAUGACAGCAUCCUAGUCCAGCUCGUCAUUGAUCCAGAGAUGAGGUUCAGGAACAUUUGGUGGGGUCCGAUAAGCAGCAUGAACCAGUCGAGCAUUUUGCAUGAAUCUUAUUUGUUCAAGAAGUGCGAGGAGGGCGGUUGGCUGAAUGGCAGCAAGCUGAAGGUGGGAUUAGAUGGAUCAGAAGUCGGGGAGUACAUAAUUGGUGAUGCAGGAUACCCUCUUCUCCCGUGGCUACUCACACCUUACCAGGAAGAAGACCUCUCAGACUUCAAGGCAGAGUUCAAUAGGAGACAUUCCAGAGCCACAAAUUGUGCACUGAAAGCGCUGGCAAGGUUAAGAGACACAUGGAAGUAUCUGCAGGGAGAGCCGUCAUGCCCUGUCAAUACGGACACUCUAGUUGAAGCAAUCCAUGCUUGCUGCUACUUGCAUAACAUAGUCAUAGAUAUGGAGGAUGAUGCAGCCAUGCCGAGCAUUGAGGAUUCAUAUUACUGUGAGGACGUGCGGCAGGUCGAAAGUGAGGACGCUAUCAGGGCAAGGGAUAUGUUGUCACGAUACUUCUUGACCAGCAUGCCAUCUGAAUCAGGAGCCGGCCUGGUAGAUGCGGAGGAGGACCAUGAAGUAGCUGCAUCAGGCUCAGGGACUGAAGACAAGGCGCAGGCGCAAGCAAGACCAUCAGAGGAAGAGAUCAUUAACUGAAGAAAUCUGUUUCCGCCACAUCUUCUAGUUUCAUUCUAGGUAUUUCCGUCGCAAGUCUUGUUAUUCCCUUGUUCUGAAGUCGAUGUGAUAUGGCUCUAAUGUCAUUGAGGAUCUUUAACUGAUAGCUCCCUUGGUUAUGUAUCAAUUACAUAAAUCAAGGAAGAAGUUAAACUGAUAUAACUGCUAGCAAUGUGCUGAGAAAAACAUUAGUGGAGUUUGUAUUAGCUAAGGCUCAUUUAUGUAUU